AUGGCUUCGUCCUCGUUUUCAACGUUGGUUCAAACGAAAUCCAUCGAACGUGUUCUUGCCCCAAUUGCCACCCAAGUGAGUGUUUACUAUUAACCAAGUGUUUUCAUUUCUUGAUCAUUUUAUAACAUUAGAUACAGUUACACGCCGGUUAAUAAACAACUAGAAAGCACUGUACAUGACAAAUUUACACUAAAUAUUCGAUAAAUAGGUUUAUAGAAUAAAGUACCUUUCAAAAUAUUAAACGUAAAUGCCAUUCAUAUUUGCAACAUUUUUAUAAAUCUGUUGCAUAUUUGAUAUUUCAAUGUUCUAUGCUCGUGUUAAAUAUCCCUGCGGAAAAACGUUUUGGAGUAAAAAGUACAAUUAUUAUUUCUAAAAAUAUGUUGAGUAAAAAGUAAAUUUAAAAACUACUGAAAUGUCAAAAAAAUGUCUGCCAGCCCUGCCAGGGGGGGGGUACACUUGAUUAACAAUAGUCACAUAAAUCUGAUUUGUCCUCACCUACACCUACCCCAUAGUACAUUUUAAGGGCCUUCCUCCACGUAACAUUUGGCGGGGUUGGAAACAUUUGGUAGGAAUUGAAGCUAAUUUUUGUCUGGUGGAAGUCUUUGAUUUGGAGAAACGUGAGAAAUUUUACUAAACAGUGGCCCAUGUGGCAUGGUCAUUGUUGGCAAGCAAACCUAAAUGGUCUGGAACAUGGGGAGAUUUUCCGGGGGGGGGGGUUAGGUGGUGUGACCCCCCUAGAAUCUCUCUAACCCCUCUAAUAAAGUGUUCAAUCCCACCAAAAUUUUGUUUCACCCCUCCUAUUUUGUGUGAAAGGCUUUAACACAAACGCCUAUUAAAUGCCAAAGCACACUGCAUGAGUGGUGCUGCUUGCACCCCACCAGAAAUUUUUCUACCCCUCCUUUUAAAUAAAUGAAAAUCUGCCCUUGAUCUGGAAGGUUUAUUCAAUUAGUUACAAAAUGGCAGAGAAUCCAUGCCCGUAUCUGGCGGAAGAAAUUUUUGCAAAAAUUACAGGAUGACUAUCACGGACUCUAUAGAAAUGUACCUUUGUACAAUUGAAGCGUGGAUUUAAAAAAUUGUUUCCAUGUAUACUGUACAUCAUACUUUAUACAAAGAAAACAUCUUUCAUACAAAAACAGUGAUAUUAUAAAGGAUUGUCAGUGAUAAACUACGUAAUUUUUUGAUAUUUAGGUUUCCAAUUUGAUCAUCUUGAAUGAAGCUGGUGUGCAAGACCAACAUGCAUUCCCAGAUCUUGUCUCUUCUGCAGAACAUAUUUUUCAAACUGUUCGAACACUAACUCACACUGGAUACAAGCUUGCUCAGGAGAGCUCUGAUGAGGUGAAUCAUCCAUAGUUGAUAGUAAAAUUUUGCUUUGAUAGAAAAUAGAGAAUAAGAAGAAAAGAGUGCAGAAUGUUUGAAGGAGGGGCACCAAAAAGACAGGAAGUAAUUAAGGAAGGGGAGUUUGAGAUGUUAGAAAAGAAAUAACACACAGGUUAAACAGGAAGGGAGAGAUGAAGAAGGCCAGAGAUGAAAAAUAGAAUAAGAACUGUAGGCAGGAAAGAAAUAGGAAUGUAUGAGUGGAAUUAAAGAGAAACUUUAGUGAAAGAAAAAGAACAGAAAACGGAGGAACAGAGAACUGGGAAAUGUAAUCAAUGCAUGAAUGAAGAAUGAAUUGAAAUCAGAAUGAAGAAAAGGAAAAGAGAAGAAUGAAGGAAUUGAAGAAUGGAAAUUGAAAAGCAUGGAAUUGAAUAAACAUGAAUUGGCAGAUUUUUCUUGCAGCAAUUAAGUUCAGAUAUGCCCGGAGCUUGCAGUCAAGUACUUGAAGCAGGGAAUAAUCUGUUAACAGCAGCACAACAAUUACGAAUUGAUCCUCUUAAUGGCUCUAUGAGAUCAAUUCUUGUUGACUCUGCCAAGAAAGUUCUUGAAUACACUGUUAAUGUAAGUGAAUGCACUCUACUUUUGCUGAAGAAGCAUACUGUAAUUAGGCAUUGUAUUUACUUUUGGGGAACUAGCAAUUGCUUGCGAGCCUGAUAUAAUUUUAAUUUUUCACGUAGAAAAAAAUUGUUUAAGGUUUUUGGCAAAAUUGAAAAUCUUUAUGGUUAACAGAUUUAGGAUUUGCUAUUGAAACCGCUGUGGGUAUCAACUGAUUCAACACAUGCAGGGAUGGGGCUUCACGACAGGGAAGAUUUCACAAUUAGAAAGGAGUCUAAUAUACAUACUGCAUUUUGGGGGAGUUAUUUCAGCACUGACCUGUGGCCUCAAACUGAACUGAGCAAUGUCAUUUUCAGGUGCUGCUAACAUCUGAUGAUGCAGAGGUGCGGAAAAUUAUUCACAAAGCGAACAUGGUGUUGGAGAAAUUAUGGAUUUUACAAAAUGUCCAAUCUUGGCCUGAGUUCAGAAAGCACUUUCAGGUACACCGUGCAGCACCAUAAUCCUGAAUUUUGUGUGUUUAAAACCAACAUUUGAAAAUGUUGGUUUUAAAGUGCAAAACUUUUAACCAUAAUCUGGGAUUUUUGUUAUUAAAUAAUAUAUGCAUUUAAUCCUUUUAUUAGAUAUUUAGUGACAGUGUGUCACAGGUAUUGAUGUUAUGUGAAAAAAGACGGAAUGUGAGUAAAAUAUUUGAUAGCUCAGUUGGAUCAGCAUGGUUCAGUAAAUAAUAAGAUCUAAACAGUUGUGUUUUCUUUUACUGGUAAGGAGCUUGUGAGUCCCACUAAACAAGAGGUGAUUGCAUCAUCAACGGCUGUUCUUAUGAAUGCUACAUCGAAAUUACUGUCUACAAGUCAUGAGUACAUGCAAAAUCCUGAUCAACAGGCACUCAAGGUAAGAACAUAUGUAUGUACAAAUAUUGGUUUCAAUAAAUGUUGCCAGGUAGCACUUUGUGGCCAACUUAAGAAUGUUGGCACUUACAGUAUAAUAGGAGCAAAUAAUUGAGCUACAUGUACAGCUAUCAAUUCUAUUUAUUUGUGACCAAAUAAAAGACAAGUAUUUAUAAUGAGAAAAAUGAACAUUAUUUUCGUAUCCUUAUAACUGGCGGUAAUCACUAACUCUUGCACGAUAUAGUGAAACCUAUCCGUGGAUAAGAAUUAAUGUAAUUAAUAUAAAAGAGUUCCCAUGGCUUUUAUUCUUCAAAAAAAAUGAGAAAAAUAGUUGCCAUUACAGUACUGCUCAGAAAUGCGUUCUCACAAAGUGUUCUAAUUGCGUUUGAUUUGCGUUCUGAAUACGUUCUAAUUUGUGUUCCAAUUUCUGCAACGUGUUCCGCUUUCACUGGAAAUGAAAUUGGCGACCACCGAAAAUUAUGGCGAACUACAAUUAUAUUUAUUUUGUGUCUAAAACUAUUAGUAUCUUCUUUUUAUUUGCAGGCAAAUCGAGACUAUAUUGUGGGUCAGAUAUUUAUGGCGUGUUCACAAAUUAUUCAGACGGUUGAGACAAAAGGAAUUACAAGCAAUCAGGAAGAAGCAUCAUACCGCUCACCAACAAACAACGGACAGCCACAGGUAUGUAACUAUGUGCUUAUUUUGAUGGUUGAGGAUCAUGGCAUACUUACAAAAGGAAUACUUACAAAAUGUGUAUUUAAAGCAUGGUCAAAUGAGGAUGAGAGUUGGCAGUAUUAAUAAUAUUUCCUUGUUUCAUUUAUUUCGUUUUUCAUUCCAGAAACCAUUAGAGUCUACUCCAAGUCGUUUGGAUUAUUACCUUGAGGCUAUUGUACACAACAGUCUGGCCGUCGCUGAGAAAUGUGAACAUCAAAAACGAAAACUUAGAAUUGCCAAAGCAUGUCAAGAAGUAAUGGCUAAAACUUAACUAAACUUGAUCCUUCAUUGUCUCGGUAUUAGAGAGGUUCAGUUUUAACUUCCACAACCUCUCUCAGGCUGUGCAGACUACGUUUUCAUGUGUUGAUAAAAUGUUUUUUAGGUGCUGGAAACGCGAGGCGAACUGAACAAUGCACAGGAAGCCUUAUCUGCCAACCCAAUGUCUGAAAGAUAUAGGUACAGUAACUAUUAAAGAAACAAAAAUGUUCUGUAUAUUUUAUCAUUCCGAAAAAUUCCAAAUAAUUAGCGUGCUAACAUGUGAAACCUCUUUUCUUAUCCAUAUUUACAGGAGAGUUCUUGCUCUUAUUCUUACUUCACUUUUCUCUCACUUUCUUUGCAGUAAUCAGUUCAAUUUUGAUGAACUUCAUUUUUUCUUUAGGCAAGAGUUUGACUUCCACACGGACAAGCUACAACAAUGUUUGCGAUCUUUGGACCGUCGUGUUACUAUGACAAUAAUUGCUGCUGUAUGUACAGGCUUUGCUGAUGUCGACACCCCGCUGCAUAACCUUAUUACCGCUGCAACCACUCCAAUGCCUGUAAGUAUUUGUCAGCUGUGCGGUGACUGUAUGUAUUCCUAUUAAGGGACUUCAUUAUAAGUUUCACAUGACAGACGAUGAUGGGCAACUUCAGGAAUUUUGACAUGUAGUAGAGGAUCAAUAAAAUUUCUCAAUCUUCACUCAGGUGAAUAUGAUGUUUGUGGUGUUAUUCUGAGUGCGCAUCCACACCGGGCAAGCUGAAAAGUUUGCCUGACCACGUACGGUGGGAAUCGAACACGCGACCUUUGGAAUACUGGUCCAAUGCUCUACCAACUGAGCUACGAGGUCAAGUCGGUUCAUAACACUUAGCAUAGUAAUAUUUCCAUUGUCUUUCCAUUGUUUUGAAAGUGCCACUGUUCUCUGUGCCCUCCGUGGCAACAACUCACUCUGAUAAUUGCUUGUUGAUCACCAUCUGUUGUGCGAGAGUGCUUGGUGAAAACCACUACCAUAAAAUUUUUCUUUUUUGUUCAUUUAGAAUGAGAGUUUCUUGAACUACAAUCAAGCGAUGAGUCGACUAAAGCAAUGCCAACAAGCGUUUCUGAAUUAUUCUGCUACGUUAUGUCAGGCUGCUAAUAAUGCAUCGUCAGUUGCGGCUGAACCUGACCGUAAGAAAUUUGAGAUGGAUUGAAAUGUUUGUUUUGUUCACGUGUCUGUCAUACUGGUGUUUAUACUAUGUCUGCCUCACUCGUCUGUAUCAUUCCAUUUUGAUUUCAUGCUCUUUCCAUACCUUACCACCCGAAAGUUGAGUAUGGAGUGUGACCAGCAUCACUGACAGUAAUAAUAAUACUCUUCUCUUCAGGUGUUCAUGCUAUCCGUUCUGUGAUUGGUCAAAUAGAAAACCUCACGCCACGGAUACUCAGCGCGUCUUCAGAGAUUCGCCAACAAGCUCAAAAUAGCAAAAACUUGCAGUAUUUGAAAACUAUUCAACAGGAAUGGCGAACACAUGUCGGUGUAUUGUCCGAUCUUUCUGUGGAUGCCGUCAGCUCUGGAGAUUUUCUCAGCACGACGGAAGCACUAGCAAAAGAAAGUUUGACAAAGUGUAGAGAGGCUUUAGGAGAGCUAAUUUUGAGAAAUUGACGAGUGAAAUAUCGUUGUUGGUUAGUAUUUCCGAGAAAGCAGUACACGUGUGUAGGAUUGAAUUACAACGGGCAGCUGAUCCUCUGUUUAAGAGCAGAUUGACUGAAGUGACAACCCGUGUUAAUUCAGGUAAAACAUAAUCGUAUGUUACCUUACUUUAACCUUACCUUAUUUUACCUUACCUUGCCUGCCUUACCUUCCUUCACCUUACCUCCCCACGCCUCGCCUAAUGCCUUCCCUUACUGUCCCUUACCUUACUUAUCUUUCCUCACCCCAUCUUACGUCACUUCACCUUAUCUCGCCUUGCCUUGCCUUACCAUUCCAUACCAUACUUUUUCCUUGCCUUACUUUUACCUUUUGUUUUGCCUUACCUUACCCCUACUAUAGCAUAGCAUACCAUACUAUAUACCAUGAUACCAUGCCAUACUAUACCAUGUAACAAUGUAACAAUGUAUGUAACAAUGUAUCAUUUGGACUAUUCCCGUUGCUUUUUCUACCUUUAUUAGUUCUACCAGAACUGGCUUCGUUAUCAACCGAGGUAAUCUGCAAUAUUCAAGAUUCCCGCAAUCAUGUAAAGUUUAUGGAACAUGCUAUGGUACUUGUGGAUAAGUUAGGUGAAAUGAGAUCAAUUGUAAGAAGAUCCCCAGUGCACCUGAAAGGUACAGUGUUAAUGGAAGUGUGAAGCUUCAUGCUGUUUUCUGUAGUCUGUAUGGCUCGUAAUAGAAAUCAGGCUGAGUUGGUUAACGACUAAAAAACGAUUUAACAUGCGGCUAAUGCGUUGCCUCUGGUUUACACACGUUUAGAUCAUACAGGAAUAGUCCAUACUCUUUAAUGCGAUAGCGUAUAGCGAUCUGGGGUUAUACAUACGUUGAAAUAAUUGUCUUCAAUUUAACAAAUUGUUUUUAGAUAAUAGUUUUGAAGAGGGCGACACUAAGCCUAUGGCUCCUCCUUCGAUUAAUGUGACGAGUAAUACAAUCCGUAAGCGUCGAGGAUUUUGGUUUUUACACAAUUCUUAAGUUUUUUGAUAUUUAAACAUUGCAAUGGAGUGAUUGAAGACUAAGGCUCCAGAUCUACGUUUAGGUUUUCCAAGUCAAGAUUUCCUCAAUGUACGACACGCAUCACCGCGACCAGGGGAAAGCAGUCAAGGAAGGAACAGUCCAGUUGGAAGGAACAGUCCAGCUGGAAGGAACAGUCCAGUUGGAAGGAACAGCCCAGUUAUUAUGGUACGUAAAGACACGAACUUUGUGGCUAUAAAGUAUGCUGGAUUUCGGCAUACCUAUAGCCACGGUUUGUGCUAUAAGGUAUGCUGGUUUUCAGCAUAUCUAUAGCCACGGUUUGUGGGAAGCUUUAAACUUGACUUACACAGGAAAUUUUAAUUUUUGGAAUUUGCUGCCAGGACGAAAAAUACAUUAUCUAGGCCUGGUUGUUCCUGUUACCUCACCUUUGAAUACGAAAUUUCUUUCUUGUAGACGAGCAACCCAGACUCCAACAGUCUACCAGUGACACGUGCAUCGUCAAGACAGAUGGGCCAGAUGAGAAAUCGCAACUCACGUGACAUUCAGAAUUAUAUCCAAGAAACUAGACAUUGUUUGCUGUUAGGUACAACCGUGCAUUUCUGCGAGUUUUCUCAUUCACUCCUGUAGAUUACGUUCACAUGAGACGAAUUCGGAGCCGUACGAUAAUUCGCCCCGAUCCACUUGUUCAUACGGGAUUUAUACCGUUAUUUUUGCUGAGAUUUGUCCCGUUUCAUGCGUACCAACAGUCUCGUACCCAGGCUAGUACCGCUCAAAAAUAAAUGAACAAGGGAACGAGAUUGUGUGGUCUUACGAGGCAAGAAAAGCAAAAUCGUUUGAGUGCGGUUCCGAACUCAUCCGGGCCGGUGUGAACACGCCCUUUCUCUUUAUGUGGAUUUAAUCCAUUAAAUCUAAUCCCAGUUUUUCCAUACUCUAUAAACCCAGAAUACUGAGCCAUAAUGGGCGCAUAUACGCUUCAAACGCCAUGUUAGAGUUACUCCGGAUAUUCAUGUUCAUGUAUUGUAAACUCUUGUACAAUACUCCUCUUCCCAGUUCUCUUUUUCUAUUACGAGAUUUAUAGUUCAACCUGGGCUUAGCUUUAGUCUAAGCAAUUCCUUAAUCGUUUCAAGGUUUAACGCUGGUCGAAGCAGAUGAUAUUCAAAUGCUCGGAAAGCUCUCGGCAUUACUUCGUGUUUCUCCGUCAUCGCUAAUGUCUCGGAUACUCGACGCAGUCUCGCAGUCCGACUACGCUCUUGUGGAGCGACGAUGUAAUGAACUCUCUCGACGUGCUGCAAGUUUGAAAGACUUUAUCGAAGAGCCAGCUUUAAGACGCUCCAAGAAUAAAGAGGCUUCCAGGUAUUUAAAAUAUUUUGCUGUAAUCACUGCAUUUUGCCGGUGGGGACAAUAGCCAAAUAUACAAGUCCCUUUUCCAUUAGAGAGAAAGUCUGAACGGGCCGGUUUUGUUUCGUUCAAACUGUUGCCUGCCUUUGCUGUUUACUCGAUACUAGUACCAAACUGACUAUCCCGAGGAUGUGCGGAAUAAACUAUCAAUAACCUUGCCUUUAAACCUCCUUUGUUUCUCUUGAUAGCCUCGCCCUCACAACAUCCUCGGAAGUGUACGAAAGUACCGCUGAUGUCGUUCAGCUUGCGUGGAAAGUUGCUGCCAACCCAAAAGACACGAAGGCAGACAAUCAACUACGUGUCAAGUGUGAUAAAUGGAGUGAGCAACUGGAUAUUGUUCGAGCAACCGUGGACAAGUUAGUCAAUCCUUGGUCUGUAUCUGCCUCCUGUGUUGUACAAGCUGUGACGUUGAAGGAUCAGCAUCUGUACACUAACCAGGUAAGGCUUGGCCAGCGGGCUAGUUUGUGGCAGGUUAUCCGUAGAAUCAGGUAAGGAGAAAAUCAUUUUCUUACUGGGAGAACAACCUGAAGACGCUAAUUUCCUGCGGACCAAUUGCAGGAAAAUUUGUGCUAAAUCUCUGCCUAAACAUAGUGUCUUACAGUUGUUGACCAUGUUUUAAAUUCAGAGAAAGAUGUCUGUCAACCAUAAGCUGUUGGUCUCAUAAUGGUGCAUACAUGAUACGUGGUAUCAAGUUUCAAAUCUUCAAUCUAACAAAUUUCUUGCAACUGUUUAACUUUUCCUGCGAGCGAGGCUCAACUAUUUUUUCCACCCUGCCUGGCAAUGCAUGCAUGAUUUAGUCGAAUUAUUCAACCCGUGUUUUGUUUCUUGAUCACACCACCUUAUAUUUUUCCUAUUCUUGUAUUCUUUCAUACUUUAUCGUUUUUCCAAUUCUCACAUUUUUCGUUACAGAUCACCAACUUUAGGCAGCAUGUGUUGCGCCUGCGUGAACUAGCAUCAUCCGCUAAGGCGGCCGCGGAUGCAGAGGAUGCUGUGGACGUGAGCGGGGAAGGCGAAGCUCCUGCCAGAAAUCAAGAUUCUUUAAGGAGAAUUGAGUUGGUUAUGGUCAAGUCUGCGGAGAUGGAUGAGUUGACUAAUCGGUUUAUCACUGUUUCUCAGGUAGGUACAUCACGUUGCAGGGAUAUUUUGAAUCCGUAUGAAAUUAACAGUUUAAAGAUCGAGAUUAUGAAAGGGGUAUACCAGAUCGCUAGUCUUGUUUGGAUCCGGAUUAGGUUUGAGGUUAGGGCUGAGGGUUAGCGAUCCGGUCCGAAUUUUAUACCUGCCUGGGUUUACUGUAUGUUUGAAUAGAGUUCUACAAUCAAUUUGAGGUAGCAGGUGUCGCAUCUUAAAAUGUAGCCUUUGCAAACUGGACUACCGUUAGUUACCGUUUCUAAGGUACUUGAAUCUUGCUCUGGUGCCAUUGUUAAGACUUUAACUCCAUUUCAAUCAAUUUCAGGAAAUGUUUAAGAACCGUGACAAGGCGCCUGACAUGGUUACGCUGGAAUUUCUCCGCCGUGAUUGGGCUUGUAAAGUUCAGUCCUUGAUUCUAGCUGUUGAUGAUAUCACAGCAGGGACCUCGGCACCAGUUGAUGGUAUUUGUACGGCAGCCUUGCAUGGUGAUAAUCAGGUUGUCAGAGAUCGUGGCAAGCUAUUGAACACUUACAUUGUGACUUUGAAAGAAAUGGCUGACGGUUGCUCGGCUGAGUAAGUAGUAUACGCGUCACAGUUUUUAGUAAUAGAAGAAUGAUUUAGUGGUUUGCGAAGGUGCACUUCUGCGAACGAGGUUCGAUUCUGUAUUACGCAAAAAUCUGAUUAUAAUAUCACCUCAAUCGCAUGUGGGGUGAGUGCUGUUGAAAAGUUUUGUAUAACUUGUAAAAUUUUUCAACUUUCUGCUCGAGCGAGAUGCUCAAAAUCUAGAAUAUAUUUCCCCAUAAUCUAUGCACUCACAUCACCUUAGUAUAUGAGCACGUGGAUAGCUCGUGGUUUGGUGAUACAGGAAUACCAGGUCCGCAGGUUCGGUCAUAGUUCAUUUUUCCACUUGCUCCCGUUUACGUCUGUCGAAGUAAAGUUAGCAAGAGCAUCACUUUGACAACUGCCGGUUUACCACUAUCUGAUGCAAGCAAUGCUUAGUGACUUAUAUUGCAUUUUCUCGUUCUGUCAGUUGUAGAGACAAAGAAAAGGAAGAUAAAGCUCAAGAAACAAUCUUAUAUGUCGGUGAACUAACUCAGAAAUUUCAUGAUGCUGUUUUAAUUGUGCAAGAGAAAGUCCGAGCUGAUGCGAGCACCGUUGAAGCAAGUUUACAUUUCAUGUCUUGUGUUGAGAAAAUGGUUUUAUUGCAAAGAGAAUGGUCUACAAAGGUACAGUAUAUGGAUAAAUAUCACGAUUUUGGGCAUUGUACUCGAUGGAACUCAAUGUUGUAGGGGUUUUUGAAGAAGGAAAUUUCCAUCAAAUUAUCAAUGGUGCCUUAAUUGUAUCCAGUAGCCUGCAUGGCAGAUGGUCUAUCCUCAAGGCAGAGCACGCCCGCCUCUCGGGUCAGGUUACUCACAUCCAGACGUUUUGUUUGCUUGUAAAGCAAAUCUGUUAAAUGUACUUUUUGCUUUCUACCCACCUGUUUAAAUCCCGAACCAUUAAGGUGACUAAACCAAGAUUUGAAGCUGCAUAUUCAGCGAACCUGCAGGCUCGCGCUCUACCAAAUGAACUGUCGCAGAGGAACUAUUGAGUCAGCUGGAGAGAUGCUCAAAUGACUUCGUACCUCAAUUGUUAUCAGCCAGCUUCGGUGCAGAUUCAAUCAAUUAGGCUCGACUUUAUGUUGACAAUACGUUGUUGAGUUCUUACCGUAAAUAUUGAGUGAAUAAUUAUCAUACUACUCUGAUGAUGGCUCAGUAAUAAAACCUUCAAAUGAUUCUUUCCUAUUUUUGGCAUAAUUUCAGGUUCACCUGUUCACAUCGUUGAUUGAUGACAUGACCGCUGAUGUUUCGGCUCACGUUGAUCGACUUGCUGGCGCAGCCUUGAAUGUGAGCCGUGUUGACCGCAACAUGAAACUGGAAUACUUGCGAGAUUUCGAAGCACAAUCCAACAAACUGUCCUCGAAGGUUGCCCGCGUGAGAAAUCACGCGUGUCUGACAAUCAGUAAUAGCGAGGACGUAGAAAAAGUUGAAAUGGUUCGGGUCACCUGUGACUUUUUGGAUCGUCUUACUCCUCAAGUUAUUGCUGCUGCCAGAGGACUGGCUGGUGAGUGCAAUAUUUGCUUUUUAUUUGCUUUUUUUUUUGUUUUCGAAACAAUAUGGGAUUGUCCUCGAUCGGAAAGAAUGACGAGGAACUGGACAAACCCAGGGCACACAUCCUGGUCAAACCCGGGGUACACGUCCUGGCCAAACCAAGGGUGCACAUCUUGGUCAAAGCCAGAGCACAAGUCCAAUGAAUGAACUAAAUUUUGCUCAAAUAUAGGUGUAAAAGCGGUGUAUAAUACUUCGCUCAAUCCAUAUGAAUGAUUCGCCUGGUUUAUAUAAGAAGUCCAAAACUGGCCGUUCCCAAAAAAUAUUUUAUUAAUUCAUUGAUCUCUAAAAUUUAGACAAUCCUGACCAGCCAACUGUGGAACAUUUUCAAAUGUUGAGACGUCAGUGGUCAUCGCGGGCUCAUUUCCUCAUGGCAACGCUACAGACUUUGAAGAAUGUUCAAUAUUCGUCUGUGGAAGGUACACUUGCUUGUACAUCAUGUGAAGGAACGCUUUUCCCCAAUUCUGAUCAACACCUCCUCGUUUGAGACUUAACACGUGACUAUGCGUUGAAAAUAAUUUAAGAGUUUCUUAUGUCUUACUUUAAAUUCUUGGCAUUGACAUAUUUAACUGGGUUUGCACAUUUGAACACUUUUUUGUAGAAAUUAAAUAUCCAUGAAGAAGUAACUUAAUUCACGCCAUUGUAUGAUUUUCCGUUUAGUUGUCACGAAAGAACUAUUGGGCUCCCUGGACAACGCCGAUCAACGUGGCCCUACAAUACUACAAUCCAGCGGUCAUAGCUUGAGAGAUACUUCAGUACAUUAUCCCCCACCAUUGGAGAGAUACCAUAUGUCCCCCAAUGUUCACACCUCACCCUCUGAGAGAUCUCGUCUACUCCACAAUCUUGUCCACUCACCCCCUAAUCGAGGUUUGGAGGAAAGGCCUGGUACGAGAGAGCGGGUUGAUGAUCUCGAGGCAUCGCUUGACGUCAUUGAUGGCUUGGUGACGUCUCUCGGUGACUUUGCCAUGCGCAGUCAGGUAUGUGAACUACUCAGGGGUGCAACUCAGUCUCUCACGAGAGACUAGCCUGCGAGCAGGCUCUCUGGGUGAAAGAGAGCCUGCAAGGAUCCCUAUGAUAUUUACGUGCAUGCGUCCAAUAUUUGGACGCAAAGCUCUGAUUGGUUGAUAACUGAUUCAAAUGAAGUGAUUGACAAGCUUCCGUAAACUACACUGCCCGUCUGUAAAACCGAACAACGCAAAGCUUCGAAUUUCGGCAAUGUAGAGACAUUAAUGUCAUGUAUUUUGUAUCCUUGUUGACUUUUUACUGUAAAUUAAUAUAGUAUUCAUAUAAAGACGAAUACUAAAAGCUUGCAUGCUUUAUUGAGUGUCUUGGGCUUGUCUGACUUCUAGGCUAAGAAAAGACUGAACAAAUUCGCAAACCGAAACCUACGGACAAGGCAUUAUAUCGCUUCUCUUUCAUGCAACAAUAUUGAGAAUUAUUCUGAUAAUAUUCAGUGCAUAUUGUUUGGAUUAAGCUUGUUUUACAAUAUAUAAAAGGAGUUCAACCACAAAAUAAGGUUCAACGUUUAUCGGUUUAUGUUUACAAUAUUGAAGUGUAUUUCCGGUCUGCGCUGAUUGGUUAUUAUUAAUUGACCUGUGACAUCAUAAUCAAAGGGCGGCAUGCAGUCAUCAUAGGGAUCCUUGCAGGCUCUCUUUCACCCAGAGAGCCUGCUCGCAGGCUAACGAGAGACCAGAUAUCAGCAAUCUGUUAAACUUUGACAGAUGUGUAAUCUUAACAGAUUUCCAAAUCUGUAGCAAAUUCUGUAAUAAUCUUUAUUUCGAUAAUGUCUAUGAAACAAAUGAAGGUAAAUUCUCUCUGUUUUUACAGUCUGAUUCAAAAUAUCAAAGUCAAAAUAUCAAACGCCACGUUCAACCUGUCCGCGCUCAGCUGGCGUCAAACAGACACGAUUACUCAAAGUUCAAACAAGCAGGGGAUCAUGUAGGAUACAAGGCAACAAGCGGUGGUAAACAUAGCGGCUCUCAGAAUUCAUUGCUACGUAUUGACUCCACUGAGUCACUAGAUGACACUGACAUGCGACGACCAACGUAUAGUCCAGCGGCAAUCAGAAGAACUGUAAGUAUGGAUGGUUUAAACAGAUCUUGGAGACAUGAGAGUGAAGAGGACCUCAGAAGUAAGAAGUCUUCUGUUUCUAUUGCUGUAAGUAGCUGUUUCUACUGGUUUAAACUAAACGUAAAUAAACUACCUUUAUUUAGAUUGGAUAGCUCUAUCAUUUGUAUAGAGGUCUUGUGAGGGUCAUUCUUAUAUUGGCCCAGUGUUACUACAGGAGAAAACCCGAACUAAACUAACUUUAUUUAAACUGGAUACCCCAUCAGUUUAAACUUCUCAUACUUAGAAGCCCAUCAAAGGACAUCCCUUAUUGGUCUAGUUUUAAUACAGAAUCAACCAGAAUACCCAGAAAACUCCUGCAGUACUUACUUGAGUCGAACCUGAAGAACUCUUAUCACGUGCGACUGAGUGACGCAGGCGAAAUUAUAAUGAGACAACUGCAUAUUUAAUACAGGAUUCGAUCCUUUGUCUCAGUGGUGAAUGGAUUAGUGAGAACGGUAUAAAAACCUUAUCUAUAGCAAUGAAUUGAUAGUAGUAACAAGUUUUCAGGACAUGCCAAGAGACCCAAGGUCCAUUAAGAUGGUAGGAUAUACUUUUGUAGUACUCCUUCCAAGAAUGUUUAUAAACGUAUAUUGUACAUUUGUACAAUCGCGUAAGAAAUUAAGAGCCGCCGAACUAGCUUUCAGGUUUUUGCUACAAAUUAAUGUUUUCAUCACUGUGUGCACACGAUAAUGUGUAACAUUUUGUCAGUCUGAAGAUGAUUUAGGUUAAAGUCGAAAAUUUACCAUUUUAGAUGUAAACACAUUAAUCAAAACAUGAUUUUAAAACUCUCAAUUUUUGGAUUAGUAUUUAUUUUGUUAUCCACGCUACCGAUUUACGUACCUGUAUCUUCAGGUAGAUUGUUCCGCAAAAACCUGUUACUCGAUAAAGAAGGUUGCUUUUGAAAGGUUCAUAUCUGGGCUUCUAGCGAUUAUCUAUUUCCCCUGACUUAACACAAGGUUGACAUGACGGCAAUAUAAUUAUCUUGCAGCGUGCAGCGGCUCAGUUACGUGACGAAGCAGAUAAAUGGGAGGAUGAGAACAAUGGCUUCGUACGUGUCGCGAAAACACUGGCUCGUCACAUGUUUACCAUGGCGGAGAUGACGAGAAAACGAAGCAGUAAGAGGGUAUGUCAAUGUUGUUUUCCGAUAUUAGCUUCGCACUUAAUAAUCAACUUAGUUCUUUGUUCUUGUACUUGUACUUGUUGUUGCAAAUUCAAUACAAAACAUCCUCGGAAUAAAAGCAUGUUAUGCUCUCAAGAUAUGAGGUAUCAACAAGAAUACACGAUAUAUGCGGUACGCAUAAGAUGUUUUCAUUUGGAAUAUGUUUUGUAUUGUAUUUUUUAAGCUGCCUGCAACUUGCGUCACGGUGUUAGUGUCACCGUGGUUGGUGCGUUUGCUUUCCACCUUGGUUCGAUUCCUGCAAUGCAAUACAGUUGUUUGAUUAUAAUCGUGCUUCAGUCACAUGAUGUAUAUUUUUCUUACACAAGGACAAUUCAGUUAUGAUUGAAAUUGCGAAGAAUGCUGCAAGCGAUUGUCAGGUGAUUUGGGAGUUUGCCAAGAUUAUUGCUGAGCACUGUACAGAUCAAAAGUAUGUUGUCAAGAACAAACUUCUUUAUUUCCCGUAAAAAUUAUAUAAAUAUUCAAUGUUUCUCCUCUUUUGGAGCCAAAAUUGAGAAUUUCUUAAACGUUCCUUUGCCGUAGCUCACUCGCCCCUCGUGCAGAACUGAAAUGAUUCUUGCUCGAUUUUAAACUGUUUGGCAGUCCGCAACUUUAAAUUAUAUAUUUUUCAUUUCUAGAUGUGGUGAAGAAAUUCUUCGUUCGGCAGAGUCUAUUCCAACGUUAGGAACUCAACUGAGUAUCAUAUCAUCCGUGAAGUCUGCCACACCUCAAGACAGAUCUGUAAGUUGUGACGUCAUAGUGAGCUUGAGAGAGGUUGAAUGUUGUCGUAGGGAAGUAAUGAUUUUUUUUAUUUUCUAGGCUGAGAACAUUCUUGUGCGAAAUUCUCAAAAUUUGAUGGACGCCGCUGUUCGCACUUUGAGAGUCAUCGAGGGAGCCGCUGUUAAGGUGCGUUAUUGUAUGUAAGGUAUAUUGCUUUGCAACUCCAUAAAUCCAUACACAGUUCUUCAGCUUCCAUUUAAAGGCUUUCAAAAAAAGCAAAUGAAUAUCAAAUUUAUAUCAACUUUACGCGCAGGGCUCCAUGCAGUGUAGGAUUCAGUUUAGGUGGUAUUGUGCAUGUAGUUGCUGUAGUUAGUGUCUAUCGUUUUCAAGUGAAGCGGCAUUUUCAAGUAGUUUGGAAUUACGCCAGAUUAUCAAAUUUAUGUAUGGGUUAUUUGAUUUUUCUUGACAGGGUCUAAAUCCACCCUCUCGGCAAGAUGACGGUAAACUGGAGGCAACAGACGUUGUGUUUGAAUGGAAAAGAAAAUUACGUCGUCAGAGAAGUUUAGAGGUAUUAUCAGCGGAGCGCGGGAACCUUGGUUUGCGCAUGCGUGAUAAUAGUCUCGCAGAUCCAUCACUAGUGGAUAUUUUUCACAUCUAA